CAUGCGCCCGAGGGGUCAUCGAAGAAUCCAGUAAAUAGAAGCCCGGAGCACGAGCCGAAUGUCGACGCUGACGUCACAGCUCUACAUUGAGAGCUCGAGCUGAAUUGUAAGCGCGAGCUUAGACGGAGGCGCGCCGAGGCGAAGGACACAACUACGAUGAACUCCCGUCGGUGCGACUCUGCUGCGUUCUGAGGGAAAAUACAACCGCAUUUUGUCGUAAGCUCUGGUGAUUCCGUCUUGCCAGCAACGUAAACAAGCCGACGGACAUUUUGGAGAGUUUUGCAUUCGCUUCGGGGUUACAACAUGUCCUCCGCGGCGGUCGCUGCCUCCAGAAGGCAGUCCUGCUAUUUGUGCGACUUGCCCCGCAUGCCGUGGGCGAUGAUCUGGGAUUUUAGCGAGCCCGUUUGCCGUGGAUGUGUCAACUACGAGGGGGCCGACCGGAUUGAGUUUGUUAUCGAGACGGCCCGGCAGCUGAAGAGAGCACACGGCUUCCAGGACGGUCGCUCUCCGGGCCCGGGGAAGCCCCAGCACGCCGGGAAGGACAUCAACCACUCGGCUGGAGACCCGGGCUCCCGUCCGCCGCAGCCUUUGGACCGCUACCCGCUGUCUGACCGGCCGCCCCGGCUGGGACCGGAGUACCAGGCAGGGAGGCAGGCAAACGGCCUCCCUAUGCCAAACGGAUUUCCAAAACCCGACGAGCCUCCGGAGCUGAACCGUCAAAGCCCCAAUCCCCGCAGGACUAGCACGGUUCCUCCCAACCUGGUGCCUUUAGUGAACGGCAGCAUACCGGCCAUACACCCGCUCAACGGCCGCCCGGCUCAGAUGGGUCUGUCCGGGGUUCUGGCCGCGCCCGCCCACGGGGAGCACGGCAAGCGUCCGGAGGAGCUGAAAGACAAACACGCACUGGCGGACAUGUCGGACAGCCAUAAGGAGUGGAUGGGCAAAGGCAAAACAGUCAGGGACCUGAUGGCGCUGCACACGUUCGACACCAGGUUCAAAAAGGACCACGCCGCCAUGCAGCGGGUGAUGGGAUACGAGCCGAGCGCCACUUCCUCAAAAACAGACAGGGGGAAGCACCCACGGAGCAUGAAGAGGAAGGCCUCCCCGGAGCCCGAUGGCGAGGGCAGCGCCCCCAAGAUGAAUGGCGGCGAGGGUCAGCCCUGGCUCCCGUCCCCCUCCGAGGUCCUGAAGAUCCCCCCGGCGGCCUUGCCGGGCUUCUCAGCCGCUCCGCCGUCCACCAUCUCCCCCCACUCCCGCACCACGCCGCCUGAGGCUGCCACGGCGCAGAACGGCCAGUCCCCCAUGGCGGCGCUCAUCCUCGCCACUGAUAACGCGGGCAGCACGGGCUCACCCAAGGACGCCAACCAGGUACACUCCACCACGGCGGGCGCGCGGCGGAACAGCGGCAGCCCCCUGUCGCCGUCCUCGGCCUCUCAGAGGAGGCUGGCCCAGAGGGACGGGCCCGUGAGCGCCAACCCCUCCGCUCUCCACGCAGCCGGCGGCAUGGACGCCCAUGCGCCGCCGCCCCAGAGCAUUCCAGACUCUUCCGUCCCGCCGGGCAGCGUGCCGCUGUGCUGCACCCUGUGCCACGAGCGGCUCGAGGACACUCACUUCGUCCAGUGCCCGUCUGUGCCCUCGCACAAGUUCUGCUUCCCCUGCUCCCGGGAGAGCAUCAAGCAGCAGGGCGCCACCGGGGAGGUGUACUGCCCCAGCGGCGAGCGGUGCCCGCUGGUGGGCUCCAACGUGCCCUGGGCCUUCAUGCAGGGGGAAAUAGCCACCAUUUUGGCCGGGGACAUAAAGGUCAAAAAGGAGAGGGACCCUUAAAACGCUCCCCAGCUGUUUUCCUUGGAUCUCUUUUCCUUUUGUAACCCGACUGCGGCAGCAGGACGUAAAGUGAAACCAGUUUACGGCCACACGUCAUCCGGCGAGCCCCCGAGAGCCUGACGGACAUGUACAUACUGGACACGAGGGAAGCGUAGACUUCGUAAACAUGGCUGUAUAAUUCUUUUGAUUUUUCUUUUUCAAUACUUUGUGUUUCUAUAAUUUUGAAGGUAUGUACUCCUGCUAACAGACCCUCCCCACAUCACACUUGUUUCUUUUCAGCCUGUCGGUGUACACCUGGUCUGGAGACGCUCCAGCGUAGAAUGUGACUAAUCUGAGCACUUGGCAAAAAAAAAACAAAAAAGAAAAGAAAAAAAAAGAAAGAAAAAAGAGAAAAUGCUUCUAGCUGUACAUGUAUGCACUUGUUUAAGAAAAAAACUUGCCAAAUACAGUUUCAGACCUUGUAAUAAUA